UAGUCACUUUUAAUAAAGUACGUGAAUUAAAUACAAAAAAAAAAUCUGUUCAACGAAAAAGUUCACAUCGCUUAGAGUAACAUUAAUAUGAGCGGUGAAGAAUAUAUGGAGUUCAUGGACAUUGAUGGUCCUGAAUUCAUUUCUGAUGUCAAUUCUCAAAUUGCUUCAAUUCGUGCUGAUGUCGAAAUGACAGACUAUCAAUCGACAUCAGCAACUGCUGUCAGUCAAGCUUCCAUACAACCUUGGGAUAUCGAAGCAUUCGCAGAAGUUGCAGUUUUGGAUACCAAUUUUUUAUUGUCCAAGUUGGGUUAUUUAGAUACAGUUCUAGAUCUCGCGAAUGCUAACCCAGGAAGUUUGCUGGUCGUUCUACCUUGGAUUGUUAUCCAAGAAUUAGAUAGUCUUAAAUCCAGAGCGUCUGAAAGUGUCAAAUCGAGCGUUAGAAUGGCUAUGCGUUUUAUCGAAAUAAGACUUUUACAGAAGAUGACUUCUUUAAGAGGACAGCAAAUGGAUCAGGUCUAUGACAAAUACUUAGAGUCAUCGAAAAGAAAUAGCAACGUUAAAGGCGACGAUCGCAUUUUAGACUGUUGUUUGUACUUCAACAAAGUCAAUCGUAAACCAGUAACUUUACUUUCAAAUGAUAGAAAUUUAUGCAUCAAAGCCAUGAUUCACCAAAUUGAUACUGUUUCGGCAGAAUCUGUCCCGAAAUUGGAAUCCCUUCUUAAUAAGCUACUGUCGAGCAAACCCUUCACUAAAAAGACAGCUCCCACCUCUUCGUCAGCAGUAACUCCAACAAUAACAUUAUAUGACCAACCGAAAACUGUUGAUUUAUCUUUGUACGAUGACCCACCAACCAUCAAUAUACCCCUAUCUUCCUUAAUGAGCUCCAGUCAACGACAAGAAGCACAACAGCAGAGCCCAUCAACCAUUGAGGAUUAUUCAAUGGAUGUCGACGAUGAUGACAGUCACUUCUACACUUCUAACUCACAGCAACGCACCCUUCAUAAUUCUUCUACCACUACCAACUCUAGUACAAUCAAUGCAGUUGAGGAUAUUGAUUGGUUGCGAAAUGCCAAAGGAACUGCUUACAGCAAAUGGGCUACAACAUCUGUUCCUACUUAUGAUCCAUAUGUACGGAAAACACAUUAUUUUGAUGAUGGACCUGCUUGCUUGGACAACGAUCCCACAUUAACAGCCCCCAAGCGACCUUAUAGACCAAAUCAUGUUAGUCGCUUUGAUAGCAGACAUUAAUAAAUUAUUUCCUCCUUGAUACGCAGAAAAGGAAACAAAAUAUGUAGCACCUCUUUACAAUGAUUUCGAUUUUAGAACGCGGGAUUGAAACAGUGCUCCAUUACUGCUGGAUUUGAGCUCUAUUAUGCAGUGCUUAUUUUGCAUUUAGUUUGAAGCUAGAAUUUCAUCCACUUAAAUGAGCACUGGUAAGCCAUACAUUGUACAUUUCUGUCAUGACUAAAAAUGUAGUAGAACAAUCAUCAAGCUAAAACCAACAAUGGAUAAAAUCCCGCG